AUGUCCACCCCUACUCCAUCCAUAGGAGCAUUAUCUUCUCUAAAAGCUCUAUUUGUGGCUCAAAAUAACCUUAAUGGUUCUUUACCAAUUCAAGGUUUGUGCAAACUGAAGAAACUUGAGGAGUUAGAUCUCAACCACAACCUCUUUGAAGGGAUCCUUCCUCCAUGCCUAAGCAAUUUGAGAUCUCUCAAGUUUUUUGAUAUUUCUCUAAACAAAUUCACAGGAAACAUUUCUCCAUCUCUUUUUGGAAGUCUCAACUCCCUAGACGGCAAUGACAAAUUUGAGGUAGAGACUGAAGAUACAAAUUGGCUUCCCAUGUUUCAAUUGAACGUCCUUGUUCUAUCAAACUAUAAUCUGAACAAGCUCUCUGGCGAUGUUCCAAAAUUUCUACUUUACCAAAACAAAUUAAGGCUCAUUGAUCUCUCCCACAACAACUUGACAGAUUCUUUCACAAACUGGCUAUUGGUGAAUGAUACGGGACUAGAAGUUUUAAACUUGCAGAAUAACUCUUUUUUUACAGGGCCUCUAACAAAUGUGCUCUCCAAAUUGUCCAACUUGAAUUUUCUAGAUAUUAGCAACAACUAUAUGUCAAUUCCCAUGUGCACUGGUUCCAAGUAUGUUUAUGGACGUCUCUUAUCACUCAUUUUCGGGAUCAAUACUUUCUUCUUGCUCAACCCAAAACUGGGAUCUGUAGAGCUUGUGCAUUUGCAAGGGAACAAAUUCACAGGAUUAAUUCCAAGAGCUCUCUUUAAUUCAUCAAAUCUUUUGACAUUUGAUAUAAGAGAAAACAGCUUCAGUGGUAGCAUUCCUGAUUCCAUUGGAGAGGUUUCCAACCUUAGAAUUCUUCUGUUAAGAGGGAACUAA